AUGAUUUCAGGUACAGGACAGCAGCAGGCGAUGCAAUGCCAGUGGUGCGAGAGCACCCAUCACACUGUGGAAGACUUCCAGGCGAUGCGUGAGUCCAGUACACCCCAGGAGCAGGUGAACUUCAUCAACAAUGUCCGGCGCAACGACCCAUACAGUAACACCUACAAUGAGGAAUGGCGCCAGCAUCCAAAUUUCUCCUGGAGUGGCAACAACAAUCCAAAGCCACCUGGCUUCCAGGCUCCUGCAGCUAGUUUCCCAAACCAGAGGCAGCCAUACCAGCCUCGGCCGGGCCAGAUGCAGCAACAACAGCCACUCUAUCAGCCCAGACAGGGGCAGGCUUUUCAACAGCCCCCACAGCAGCAGUACUAG